GUUGCCCAUAUAUUUACCUUGAUUCCCAUUUUUCCGAGAUCAGGUCCUCCCAUCUCAACUCUAACGUCUCCGACCUUCUGCUUCCCAAGCCCCUCUGAUUGAGGCUGGUAUACUUAUACCAGAUUCUUCUGGGACCGAUUCCCUCUCAUCUCAAUUCCCACGUCGUCAAGAUCCCUCUUCCCUCAGUACUUUUGGAAUCACGCAGAUAUACUCUGCACUGUGCUCAUUUUUGAAUUAGCGGUCUCUCACUCUGAAAAUUCACUAUAUAUCACUCUCGAGGUAUCAAGCAUGCAUUUUGAAAUGAUGGAAGUGAGCAAGGACUGAUAGCUAAUUUGUUUCCAAUCCAGACACUUCCAGCAUGGCCGACCAUAGCCCAGUGAUCAAUCAGCCAAAUGCGCCCCCGGGAUACUGGGCAAGAAAGGGUACAGAACUCCCAUGGCGAGCGGCAAGAAAAGGAAGCUAUCUUCAUGGCGAGCUUUUGCUUAGGCUUCAACAUCUCAACGCUAUGCGAGAACCAAGUCUGCGACCAAGCCGGGCGUGGGAGGGGUCUGACUUCUUCGCCAAAAUUGGCAUAAAGAGGCAGAACGUUGAGGCCCUUCGUGUCCAGACCGUGGGGCAGGAGGCCGAAGACCCAUGCCUUCACUGCCGGCGAGGAGAUGGACCAUUCGCGGGCUGCGUUAUAGCUCAUGAAUGCGCUGACAUCAUGCCACAGUGCGCAAAUUGCCACUGGGGCGCUCAGGGCGAACGCUGUUCCUUAUACAAAAAGGCUCACCCUGACCUCAGCGCAGAGAUUGUCAAGACAGCUCCCAAGGCAGACAAAAAGCGCAAGCUUUCCGAGAUGUAUGACGGGAUUCAACUGGUGCUGAACCGCUCCGAACUCCUUCUUUCACAGCAGGCCUUACAGCUACAGGGCAUGCUGGACGAUAUCAAUCUGGAAAAAUGCAAACUGGUCAAGAGCCGUGAGGAUCUAGAAGUUCUGAGAAAGGAGCUUGAAGAGUGA